CAAGCACCUUCUAUAAUAUCUUCUGAUCAGCCUGUAUGAUGGCAUUAAGACGUUCCGCUCGUCUGAGCGCGCUCCCCACUAGCAAUGCCGCAUUGCUGCAACCGCCUACUACCGCACAAGCCAGGAAAAACAGCAGCAACAGCAGCAGCAGCAGCAAAGCCCCUCAGCCUAACAAGAUCACCAAAGCACGAAAGUCAGCAGCAAAGGGCAAAACAACACCAACUGCGACGACUCUAGAGCAAAGUGCCCCUCUAACAACGAUUCCAGUCAAGACUACAACUCUACUAACCACAACGAUCCCCAGCCCGGAAAUCAGUUCAACGCCUGCUAAUAUCUGGGAUUCUGUCCCUACAAAUGACUACGGCGUGAGCAGACCCCGUCACACCACCCCUCCGCCUCUCGACCGCCCUGUCGAACCGCACAGAACCAACGCAACUCUUCUAACACCCCACGGCUCGUCACUCGUUGCCUACCCUCCCGGCACAGAGAAUGAAUCACCCACCAAGACCGGCCGACCACGGCCGACCGCCACCACAGGCACGCUCCUGGAGAACGCCAUCGCCCAUCUGAUCGCCACGGAUCCUCGACUUGGUCCAAUUAUCAAGGCACACCCGUGCCCACUAUUCACCCCCGAGGGGCUAGCGGAAGCGAUUGAUCCCUUCCGAAGCCUGGUCCAGAGUAUUAUCGGCCAGCAGGUAUCCGGCGCCGCGGCCAAGUCGAUUCGCGAUAGAUUUGUGGCCUUAUUCAGUACAGGGAAGAGUGAUGAAGAGGUUCCUGACGGGUUUCCGACGCCUCAUGACAUAAUAAAGAAAGACAUUGAAACGCUGCGGACAGCGGGCCUCUCCCAGCGCAAGGCCGAGUAUAUCCUAGGACUGUCGCAAAAAUUUGCGGACGGGGAGUUGAGCGCAAAGAUGUUGUUGAACGCCACAGAUGAGGAGCUAGUUGAGAAGCUGACUGCCGUGAGGGGGCUGGGCCUAUGGUCCGUAGAGAUGUUUGCUUGCUUUGCCCUGAAGCGGAUCGACGUCUUCUCUACUGGUGAUCUCGGCGUGCAGAGAGGAUGCGCCGUGUUUACAGGCAAGGAUGUAAAUAAAUUGAAAGGAAAAGGGGGAGGUAAGUUCAAAUAUAUGGCCGAAAAAGAUAUGCUGGAAUUGGCCGCGAAAUUUGCUCCGUACAGAAGCCUGUUUAUGUGGUAUAUGUGGCGGGUUACGGACGUCAACAUCUCCGCCAUGAAUUCAUGAAAAUAGGGUCGGAGUGAGGAGUAUAGACCGUUGAAUCGAAUGUUGCGGAGGUCGGUAUGGAUGGAUCAAACAGCUGUGAAUAGCUUACCCUGUGGGACCACAGAAGAUCCUCCGAGGCAAUUCGGACCCAACGCACCCACUACAUACAUUGACGGGUAGAAACUCAGAUACUCCAUUGAACGACGUAGUCCAGAUUAUUUUCUAGAGGAAUGGAACUCGAUGCAUGAG